CGUUUACAUCUCCACCGUCAACUAUUCGCGUUGUCGAGACGCGUUGGUCGACGAUUUUUUAUUUGUCUUUAUUUUUAAUUUAAAUUAAACAUUAAUUUAUUUUAGUGUGCCGCAAAAGCACUGUUUGUAAUGAGUGAUGUAUUGAAGAGCUCACAGGAGCGUUCGCGUAAACGUAGGCUGCUGCUGGCCCAAACGCUCGGCUUGUCUAGUGUUGAUGAGCUGAAAAAGGUGCUGGGCAAUGCAGAAGAUAGCAAUAACUAUGCCGGUGUCGGUGGCAGCCGGCAGCUCAAUGCUUCGGGUCAAAGGGAUGAGGAGGAAGGCUCCAGCGGCGGCGCCUCGUCCUCCAAGAAAACACCAAACGAGAUAAUAUACAGAGAUUCAUCGACCUUUUUGAAAGGCACACAGUCUUCCAAUCCGCACAAUGAUUACUGCCAGCAUUUCGUGGACACCGGACAAAGGCCACAAAAUUUUAUACGCGAUGUCGGUCUGGCCGAUCGCUUCGAGGAAUAUCCCAAGCUGCGUGAGCUGAUCAAGUUAAAGGAUAAGCUUAUCCAGGACACGGCAUCGGCGCCCAUGUAUCUGAAAGCAGAUCUUAAAACGUUGGAUGUGAAAACAUUGGGCAGCAAAUUUGAUGUCAUAUUAAUUGAGCCACCGCUUGAAGAAUAUGCUCGAGCUGCACCCGCUGUGGCAACAGUAGGCGGAGCGCCCCGCGUCUUCUGGAACUGGGAUGAUAUACUCAAUUUGGAUGUUGGCGAAAUAGCCGAACAUCGCUCGUUUGUUUUUUUGUGGUGUGGCUCAUCGGAGGGCUUGGAUCAGGGUCGGAAUUGCCUUAAAAAGUGGGGCUUUCGUCGCUGCGAGGACAUCUGCUGGAUACGCACCAAUAUUAAUAAGCCUGGACACUCCAAGCAGGCCAUACCCAAAUCGGUUUUCCAACGCACCAAGGAACACUGCCUGAUGGGCAUCAAGGGCACAGUUCGACGUUCUAGUGAUGGCGACUUUAUACACGCCAAUGUGGACAUUGAUCUGAUUAUAUCCGAGGAGGAGGAAUUCGGUAGUUUCGAGAAGCCCAUCGAAAUCUUUCAUAUCAUAGAACACUUUUGCCUGGGCCGUCGACGUUUGCAUUUGUUUGGUCGAGAUUCGAGCAUACGGCCGGGUUGGCUAACCGUCGGACCUGAGUUGACGAAUUCCAAUUUCAAUGCUGAACAAUAUCAGACUUAUUUUGCGGAUGCCACCGCCACCGGCUGCACCAGUCGUAUCGAGAUGCUGCGACCAAAGAGUCCGCCACCAAAUAGUAAAGUUUUGCGUGGCCGUGGACGCGGCUUUCCCCGAAGUCGUGGCCGGCCCAGAUAAUAAUCACUAAAAUGCAUGUAUUUUCUAUAAUUAAGUGCGAUAAUGGCCCAUUCAAUUGAUCUGGAACGUAGCUAUAUGAGCUCCACAGCGGUAUUAAUCUUAAGUUUAAAGUAAAUAUC